CGCGCGCCCGCGGAGGCGGGUCGGGGGUCGCGCGGGGCGGCAGCGGCGCGAGCGCGCAGCCCCCGCGCCUCUCCGCUCCGCGCUCCGGCUGGGACCAGGACGCGGAUGUUACAUGAAGACCCUGUGUGGACAGUAAUGACCGCACGUUUCCGAUUGCCUGCUGGCAGAACCUACAAUGUCCGAGCAUCUGAGCUGGCACGAGACAGGCAGCAUACGGAGGUGGUCUGCAACAUUCUUCUUCUGGAUAACACUGUACAAGCUUUCAGAGUUAAUAAACACGAUCAGGGCCAAGUUCUGUUGGAUGUAGUCUUCAAGCAUCUCGAUUUGACAGAGAGAGAUUACUUUGGUUUACAGCUUGCUGAUGAAUCUACUGAUAACCCUAGGUGGUUGGAUCCAAACAAACCUAUCAGGAAACAAUUAAAAAGAGGAUCUCCUCACAGUCUGAACUUCAGAGUUAAGUUUUUUGUAAGUGACCCAAACAAGCUCCAAGAAGAAUAUACAAGGUACCAGUACUUUUUGCAAAUUAAGCAGGACAUUCUUACUGGAAGAUUGCCCUGUCCUUAUAAUACUGCUGCUCUUCUGGCUUCCUAUGCUGUUCAAUCUGAGCUGGGAGACUACAACCAUUCAGAAAACUUGCCAGGCUACCUCUCAGAAUAUUCUUUCAUCCCUAGCCAGCCUCAAGACUUUGAAAAAGAAAUAGCAAAAUUACAUCAGCAGCACAUAGGGUUGUCUCCUGCAGAAGCAGAGUUCAAUUAUCUCAAUACAGCACGUACCUUAGAACUUUAUGGAGUUGAAUUGCACUAUGCCAGGGAUCAGAGUAACAAUGAAAUAAUGAUUGGAGUGAUGUCAGGUGGAAUACUAAUUUUUAAGAACCGAGUACGAAUUAACACCUUUCAGUGGUUGAAGAUUGUGAAAAUUUCUUUCAAGUGCAAGCAGUUUUUUAUUCAACUUAGGAAAGAACUGCAUGAAUCUAGAGAAACAUUACUGGGAUUCAAUAUGGUGAAUUACCGAGCAUGUAAGAAUUUGUGGAAAGCUUGUGUUGAGCAUCACACGUUCUUCCGUUUGGACAGACCUCUCCCACCUCAGAAGAACUUUUUUGCACAUUAUUUCACUUUGGGUUCCAAGUUCCGGUACUGUGGGAGAACAGAGGUCCAAUCUGUGCAGUAUGGGAAAGAAAGAGCAAAUAAAGACAGGGUAUUUGCAAGAUCCCCCAGCAAACCCUUGGCACGGAAAGCGAUGAGUGGGAUGGAUUGGGAAGUAGUGAGUAGGAACUCACUGUCUGAUGAUAGGUUGGAAACCCAGAGCCUCCCGUCACGGUCUCCACCUGGAACCCCAAAUCAUCGCAACUCUGCCUUCACUCAAGAAGGAGCCCGGUUACGACCCUCAUCAGUUGGACAUUUAGUGGAUCAUGUGGUUCACACCUCCCCCAGUGAAGUGUUUGUAAAUCACAGAUCUCCAUCCUCCACCCAGGCCAACAGCAUCAUACUGGAAUCAUCCCCAUCUCAAGAGACUCCUAUAGAUGGGCAGCCUCCAGCAUUACCACCCAAACAAUUUAAAAAGAACAGCUGGAACCAAAUUCAUCAUUCACACUCACAGCAAGAACUGGAUAACCAUAUAAAUGAAACAUUUGAUGUUCCUGCAUCACCUGAAAAAUCCACCCCCAAUGGUGGUGUCCCCCAUGACAAUCUUGUUAUGAUCAGAAUGAAACCAGACGAAAAUGGAAGGUUUGGCUUCAAUGUAAAGGGUGGAUAUGAUCAGAAGAUGCCAGUAAUAGUGUCCAGGGUAGCUCCGGGAACACCUGCUGAUUUGUGUGUCCCUCGUUUGAAUGAAGGGGACCAGGUUGUCCUUAUUAAUGGCAGGGACAUAGCAGAGCAUACCCACGACCAAGUUGUAAUGUUUAUUAAAGCUAGCUGUGAGAGACACUCAGGGGAACUUGUGCUCCUAGUUCGACCCAAUGCUGUCUAUGAUGUUGUGGAAGAGAAGCUGGAGAGUGAGCCUGAUUUUCAGUACAUCCCUGAGAAAUCUCCACUUGAUGGUGUCCAUCAAGAUGAUAAUGCUCUGAGGGAGUCCAUGAUUCAGUUAGCAGAGGGGCUUAUCACUGGAACUGUCCUGGCUCAGUUUGAUCAAUUGUACAGGAAAAAGCCUGGAAUGACAAUGUCUUGUGCCAGAUUACCUCAAAACAUUUCCAAAAACAGAUACAGAGACAUUUCGCCUUAUGAUGCUACACGGGUUAUUUUAAAAAGUAAUGAAGAUUACAUCAAUGCAAAUUAUAUAAAUAUGGAAAUCCCUUCUUCCACAAUAAUAAACCAGUACAUUGCUUGCCAAGGUCCAUUACCGAACACUUGUCCUGAUUUUUGGCAGAUGACUUGGGAGCAAGGCUCUUCUAUGGUUGUGAUGUUAACAACUCAAGUGGAACGGGGCAGAGUUAAAUGCCAUCAGUACUGGCCAGAGCCAUCAGGAAGCUCAUCAUAUGGAAAUUUUCAGAUUACCUGCCAUUCAGAAGAAGGAAAUCCUGCUUAUGUCUUUCGAGAAAUGACACUGACUAAUCUGGAGAAAGAGGAAAGCCGCCAGCUAACCCAAAUCCAGUACAUAGCAUGGCCUGAUCAUGGGGUUCCUGAUGAUUCCAGCGACUUCCUCGAUUUCGUGUGUCUUGUGCGAAAGAAGAGGGCUGGCAGAGAAGAACCUGUUGUUGUUCACUGCAGUGCUGGGAUUGGACGCACAGGAGUUCUGAUCACGAUGGAGACAGCGAUGUGUCUCAUUGAGUGCAAUCAGCCUGUUUAUCCUCUAGAUAUUGUAAGAACUAUGAGAGAUCAAAGAGCCAUGAUGAUCCAAACACCUAGUCAGUACAGAUUUGUAUGUGAAGCUAUUUUGAAGGUGUAUGAAGAAGGAUUUAUUAAACCUUUACAAGCAUCACUGCAUAAGUAAAGAGCAAAAAACCUAUGAUAUCAAUUGAGGAAUCCUGUCCUCUAUCAUGAACUGGCAACAUUCUUUGUGCCAUAAUACUGCUUGCAGGAAAUGAUAGUGAAGUACAGCAAAGAAUUGACAAAGGACUUUGAAAACUUCAGCACUGUUGCACUUUACGUUGAAACAAAAUCAGUCUCUGAAACUCUUCUAACCUUCAUCUGUUUGAAGACUUUAUUUUCGUGAUUUGCUCCGAACAAACCAUAAACUGAAAGAACUAAUUGUGUUCAGGGUAAUCGACGAUAUUUCAUUGUAGUGCCAUGUACUGCGCUUCUGGUUGAAUUGCUACAAACAAGGCUUGGAAUUAUUUCACUCUGUUUUACACCCAUGUCUCUUAAAAUGAAAAACAAAUUAAAAAAUACACUAAGCCAUGGUCUUUUUCCAGUGCUAGGUUUAUUUACUAUAUACAGACUCUCACAGUUUUGUUUUUUACAACAUUAGCAAUAUUGCCAAUACUAGAUAGAUACACACUGCCUACUGAUGCAGCACACUUUGUCCUACACCCUUACUAGAGACCAGCUGGUUGUUAGAGGAGAGCUGGCAUCUGUUAACCCAGCAGUAGCUGCAUAAUGCCCACUUACCAGCAUCUUGUACAAAAUAAUAACAAUAAAAACUUUAAAAUAAAAACAUAUAAUUAAACAGCAUUUCUUCGGCACAGCUUGUGUGUCAUACACUGGUGUAUUCUGAUUUGUGUGACUUCAGAUUAUGUGAUGGGAGCUAGUGCAUGCAUUUUGUCUUAACCCCUUAAGUGCCUUGAGACUUACAGCGUACAUCCAGUGAAAGGCACUCAUGAUUCCAUGGGGUGGUGUUGUCCUGUCAUAUUUAUCUUAAUGGAUUCAGAUUUUUAAAAUGGCCCUUGGUGCUUGGAAUAUGUUACCACAAGGGGCCAUUCCUUCUUUCAUUAUACAAGUACCUGUGUGCUACUCUCUGUAGCAGAAGCACCUCUGCCAACUUAAUGAAUGAGCAUUUUAUGCUGCUGUGCUGUAAUUGUAUCAAAAAUCUGACACAUUCCUUCAUUCCUUCCAACUCGUAACUUACUAGCAUCUUACUGCGAAAUGCUGGUAGGUCAUUAGAAGCUGAUACCUGGUUUUAUCCUUUUAUUGAGAAUAGCUGUUUUACUCGAUUAGACAUAACUUUUUAAUAGCACUGAUAAUUAAGUUGAAUUUACAAUCAGAUGUGAUUUAAUUCCAUUACCUUCUAACUAACUUGUUAAGCCCUCAUAGUUGAUUUCAAGCCAUGUUCGUACAGGUCUGCCUUUUAUUUUCUUUUAUUUGCUUGGAGGGGAGAAGGGAGGAGAACACUAUGAAGUUAUCCCAGAACUUAAUUUCAUAAUGACCCCAAUCGCCUUCUGUUAUGCUUGUGGAAAAUUGUUCCAGUUGGUAUGAGUUGCUUCUUAUUUAAGUAGGUAGAAGAUUUGUAAGAAUUGUCUGUCUGAUACAGUAUCUGAGCUCAUUCUAAAGAUGCAUAAGUGUCCCCGUUUUUUAAUAUUUUUCUAGUAUAGGAGAAACCAAGUCAGAAGCAAGGUACCCAGUGUAAUAUACUGUAAGGAAAAACCAGUCACUUAUUUGACUGCCCUGUGACAACAUAACUUUGUGCCCUCUAUUUAAAAGUUUUAAUUUAUUGUAUUGGUUUCCUGAAAAUGUUUAUCCAUUUAAUUUUGUUGUAAGCUAUAUAUAUAGCAUAGAAUUAAAAUGCAAAGUUCUACACUAAAUAAUUUUUAACUAUUGAAAAAUUAUAUUAUAUAAUAUACUUUGUUCUAUGGACAUUUGAAACAGAUCAGCUAUGAACUAUUAAAUGAAAAGGGAUUCAGGAAACAUGAAAUCCUGGCUUAUGACUUAGUAAUGAACAAGAAGUACAAUGCCAAAUGGAAGAUAGAGUUUUAAAUAUUUUUAGAAAACAAAAUAAUAUUAGGAGGGCUGUGGCCCUGUUACUUAUAUUUCUAGAUUUGAUGCUCAAGUCAAUGUUAUCCCUCAGUGAAAAAUAAAUUUUACAAGAAUCUCUGGAUCUGAACUGAACUGAAAGAGUAAUAUGGUAGCUUUAAUCUCAGUUAUAUUUUAAGCCACUUGCAACAAAUAAAAAUUCUUUUUUAUAGUUCUUUAACUUCCAUAUGAUGAGGUUAUUAGCUGAGUUGCUGGCUAGUUAGAAGGUUAUAUUGAACUCUGCACUUAAUGUCCAAAAAGUAAAAUAAUUCAUCCAUUAUUCUGAAAGAAAUUUUCUUCAUAGUUAAGUUGUAAACAAAAAUAGCAUUUGCCCUGUUUUUCUGGGGGAAAUCAGAAAUGGAGGUUAUAGCAGCGUUAUAUAGCAUUGGUAUGUCACAUAUUUAAAUAUUCUUAUGUAAAAUUGCCAUAGCAGUUCGAGUUCAAAAGUCCCAUUUAUACCACAAUUUAGUGUGGGAUGUGUAUUGGUCAUCUGUCAUCACUGUUUUGAUUACAAACACAGACAAGAAUAAUAAGUCUCUUCAGAAUUUUCCUCUGCACUGACUUGUAGUUUAUUAACUAGCUGCACUGGGGAAAAAAUUGAAACUAAGUACCUAUUCAUAAUUGGCCAUCAGCGACUCAGUGGCUUUUGGCUUCUCCAAAGCCAGGAUGAAGGUAACCAAAAACUGCUUGGGAAAGAGAAUAGCACUGAAGCCUUUCUGCACCAUAAAUCAAGUAAUUUAAAUUUUUCUACCUGAUGUGGUAUAAAUGGCCUUUAAAAUAUUUUUUAUAUGGCCAAAAAAAGCAAAACUGCUUAAUAUUUUACUUUGGGUUAUGAAGAUCUGUAUCAUCCUUAAGAGUUUUUUAAAGAAGUUUUUGUAUGUUUCAUGCUGUACAAAACAUGAAUGUAUCUUUCAGACAUAAUGACUUAUAGACCUAUAUGUGAUUGGUGUUAUGACUGUUGGAUUUUAUGAAUAAUUAUUUUCAUACCAUUUGAUUAGGAAAAAUGUUGGGUGGGUGUGGGAAAGAGUAUGUUUCUAACACUUCCAUGAUACAAAUCCAGUUAAAGAAAAAAGAAUAAGUAGUUUUCAUUGUAAAUAAGAGCAAUAUUAAGACAAUUUUGUGCCAAUGUAAAAUGUUAAGAUUUUUGUUUUUUACUUUUAGGUUCAGAUUGAAAACUACCACUACCAUCUCUUGUUUAAAAUGGAUUUGAGGGGUUAUUUUAGUAGGAAGACAAGGGGCUCUAGUGGGGGCUUUGAGUGUUUUUUGGGAGCAUUUUUUUAUUUUUGCUAAAUAUGAAAUAAGAUACAGGUAUUGUUUAAUAAACCACCUACAGACUGUCAGCCAGUCCACCUUGAGAAAUACUGCAUUAGAUAUCCCAGGUAACUGAAGGCUGAAAAUUUAAUUUAUCCUGAAUUUGGAAGCAUUUUGGUUAUUUUCAAUCACUUGUAGGUCUUACACAGUAAAACACUGCUUUUAUGCAUUUUAUUUUUAUCUAUUCUCUCCCAGUUAUGCAAAAGAGAAUGCCUGGGUUUUUUUCUCACUAGAUUUAAUGCUAGCUGACAUUUCUUCCACAUUUGUUUGUUAAAUCUCAAAAGCUUAUAUGUCAUAUAGAUAAAGCAAUAACACUUCUAGAAUAUCUGAUUACAGUCUGGCACACCAUCUAGUAAAGAAAGGGUGAGAAAGCAGUUGGGACAUUAAGGAACAUGAGGAGGUUGUUAUGGAACUUGUGCAGCUGGCAACUUUCUGUGGAGACCUUCCAAAAAGCUUCAUGGUACCUGUGGAAGGGCCAAGAUGCAGCAGAUGUUCUGCAGCUGCGCUGCCCAGGGAAAUGGGACGAAGGGAAGGUCUGGCAUGGAGAUGCUGGAGCUCCAGGUAUGCUGUGGAGCUGAAUUAUGUGAUAUUUUUAUGCUUAUGCAGUGUGUGUGCAGGUAUGUGGGUGAUGUUUGGUGGCUCAGGGAAUUAGCAUGAGCAUGAAAAGCUCUACAGAUCCACCGAUGUCCAAGCAAAAGAAGGGUGUCCAGUUUAUAUGCUGUUGUUUUGACUGUAGAGCCACUAUGCCAGCAAUCAGCAAGCCCCUCAGCCCUGAGGAUACAAGGAGUGAUUUGGUUAUGGUCCACAUGAAAAUUUUGCAUAUUUGGACUUCCAUCAAGUUGAAGAAUGGUGUCCUCUAAUAUCAGUUGCAGUGUUUUUGUAGCUCAUAUCUCAGGUCCCCAGUUGGCUGGGUUGGGUGUAUUUGCCAAUUUUAGUGUACCCAUCUUUUGUCUUGAGACUGAAGAAGUAUUUUUCCAUUGCUACUUCUAGUGCUAGGAUCCUGUAUUAAGAUUUGGUAAAAACAUACUCCUUGAUUACCUGUGGAUCUUGCAUGAAUAUGCAGGGAUUUAUAAUUAGUGGUGAUUGGGAAGCUGUUAGAAGGAGGAAAUGGUUGGUUUGUUUCAGUGUAACUGUUCUGUCCAGUCUCCGUUAUCCCACUGCACUUAGUCACUUGUUUGUUUAGAAGUCUGCAAAGUAGGCCAAUUCCUUUUCACUGAUUUUACCUCUGUGCUUGUUACUCCCACAGGUGUCUAUCUUUUCAUAGGGCUUCUGCUACAAAUUGUGAUCUGGUGCAUAAGCUCUAAGUUCUGGCUAUUGGCUUUGGCAUAUUUGUUCGCUGAGAUCUCAGUGGUAAAGAGGGCAGAUUAAUGACUUUCUUUAAAUAAAAAAGCUGAAAUAUUCAAUUUAAAAAAUUUAGACAUUUUGAUUAGUAGCCUCAUUUUUAAAAGCCACUAAAAUAUCUGAUUCUAGUCUGCUGUAGCAAGAAUGGUGGUUUACAGACUGGCUGGCAGCUUGUUGGUUGUGGUAUUUCAUAUUUAGCGAGCUUACACAUUUUGAAGGAUAAUUUUUUUCAAAGUGUUUUGAUGUUUGAAUAGUAGCACUUUAUCUCAUGCUUACUACUGACUGAACUAUUGGACAAAAUAAAUUGGGUAUGGAGAGAGAUGCUUAAUGGGUUUCUGCACAGAGAUUAUUUGGACUACACCCUGGUACAAAUGCUUUCUGUUGUUCCAGCUAUUUCUUGUUGAUUGUUCUUGUGUUUCUGAGGGAUUUUCAGAAAAUAGAUAUUAAUAAGAUAAUUCUGUCAUCUCAAUUUUCCUGUCUUAAUAUGAAUAUGAAGCCUGCAUUUGGGAAAAAAGCAGAAAAGGAAAAAAAAAGAUGAAAAUAUAAAUUUACAGGGUACUUGUAAAUGUAUGUGAUCUCUCUCAGCUAGCUGCAAAUCAGCUACGUUUACUGUAAAUGUUUCUGCUAAGCAUUAUUUUUAACAUUAGAUCAAUUACCUGGAAAUCAGUAUUUCUUUUUUUUUUUUUUAACUUAUUUGAAUUUUGAUAACUAAAGAUAAUGCACAACAAAGUUUAAGGAAGUUGUCACCCUUUUGCACCUAGGCCAGGGGCCUGAGACAUGAGUGAAAGGGUUAAACAGUUUAUGUUAAGCUGUUUUGUUCUUUGACUAGAAUAUAUCCACAAGGACUAGACUAUAAAUGAUCCACUGCAAUUAUCUCGUACAUCGGGGCACCACAGUAACAACCCAUAAUAAUCUUACAGGAAAAUUAAGGUAAGAGAGUGAAGGUUUUAUCUUAUCCAGUGUAUCCAGAUUUGUUUUCCAUUUGGUUUGCUUCAUUUACCAGUGAUCCCAUUUUAACCAGUCAAUUUGGCAGGGCUGUUUGUGUAAGGUUUGGGUUUUUUUCUGUAACAGGUGCUAUACAAUGUGUAAAUACAAAGGGAAGAGUAUUAUUUUGAUAAUUAUUAACAAUCAGAUGGUGGCAAUAUUUUUGCCAGUUACUUCUGGUAAUUUGCAUUUCCAGCUGUGGAUUUCAGUUGUCAAAUUUCAUCUCAGUUUCAUUCUGCUGAAUGAUGGACUGCAAGUGUGGAGUAAAUCAUCUCAGAGUUGAACAGCUCUUGCAUUGUUUAGACUAACUCUUGUGUAUCUUUAUUAAUACUGGGGGGAUGCAAAGGCUCUUCCCGUAAGUAGACUUCUGCCUAUAAAUUUGUUUAAAAGCACAUGAGGGGGAGGGAAAAAACAAACCAACAACCUAAAUGCACCAUCUUGGCUAAGCAGCCAGGGCGGUUGAUGGAAAACGAUGGAAACUUGAAAUUGGUCAACACUGGACAAUGUGAAAAUAAAUUCAGCUUUUGUCACUGCAGCUACUGUAUGCUUUAAAGGGCCUUAUGUAUUUGUCUUCAUUUUGAUAAAAUUCUUGCCAUUAAAAUUAUACACUAACUUCUACCGAAAACCAGCAGUUCCCAGGAUAAAUAUGCUAAUUAACAUUUAACAAGUCUUGUUUUAGUCUUAAGUAAAAAUUUCAUUCUAUUAUGUGAAAAAAUGCUGUUAUGCAUAUUUUGUGGAUAUAUUUAAUUUCAGUUGACAAAUAGUUGUCUAGGUACAGACUUGAAAAUAUAUAUAUAGUUUACUUGUGGAUCUUAAUUGUUUAAUUGCAAAAUAAAGAUGUGCUUUAGUAA